CUGCGCGUCGACGGACCGUGGCGUACCGCUCCGUGUGACAGGUCAGCGGCUGAAAAAAAAAUAAAAAAAACACAGCUCCGGAGCAGACGCGUCUGCGCGACCUCAACGCCGAGCGGUGCGAGAACCGAGGAUGGGGUCCCGAAUCAAGGAGAGCCCCGGGUCCACCUUUGAAGUGUAUCUGGAGGUGGCCCAUCCAGGCACACACAGCUCUGGGCCCGAGGUGCGGAGACAGUUCCCUGAAGACUACACUGACCAGGAGACUCUUCGGACUGUGCCCAAGUUCUGCUUCCCCUUCAACAUGGACAGUCUGACAGUCAACCAGGUCGGCCAGAACUUCACAUUUGUGUUGACCGACGUCGAGAGCAAACAGAGAUUCGGCUUCUGUCGCCUCUCCUCAGGUGCACACACCUGCUACUGCAUCCUCAGCUACCUGCCCUGGUUUGAAGUCUUCUACAAGCUGCUUAAUAUCCUGGCUGACUACACCAUCAAAGGCCAGGAGAGCCAGUGGCAGGAGUUCCUGGUGUCCCUGCACACGCUGCCUAUCCCUGAGCCCGGGGUCCCCGUUCAUCUCGGUGUGCAUUCCUUCUUCACUGUGCCGGACACGAGGGAACUCCCCAGCAUCCCGGAGAACAGAAACCUAACCGAGUACUUUGUAGCAGUAGACGUCAAUAACAUGCUUCACCUGUACGCUAGUAUGCUUUAUGAACGCCGAGUCCUCAUCUGCUGUAGCAAGCUAAGCACUUUAACGGCUUGUGUCCAUGGGUCUACGGCCAUGUUGUAUCCGAUGCACUGGCAACACGUUUACAUUCCUGUCCUGCCUCAGCAUCUGUUGGACUACUGCUGUGCCCCCAUGCCGUUCCUCAUUGGAGUACAUUCCAGUCUCAUGGAGAAGGUCCGAGGGAUGGCGCUGGAUGACGUGGUGGUCCUGAACGUGGACACCAACACGCUGGAAACCCCCUACGAUGACCUCCAAAGCCUGCCCAACGAUGUGGUGAGGAGUCUCGUCUCUGAGAGUCGGUUGAGGAAGGUUUCAACAACGACCGGGGACGGCGUGGCCCGAGCCUUCCUCAGGACGCAGGCGGCUCUGUUCGGCAGCUACAGAAACGCCCUGCAGAUUGAGUUGGGAGAGCCCAUAACGUUUAAUGAGGAAACCUUUGUGACUCAUCGCUCCAGUGCCAUGAGGCACUUCCUCCAGAACGCCAUCCAGCUGCAGCUCUUCAAACAGUUCAUUGACGGCAGGUUGGACCUGUUGAACUCUGGAGAGGGUUUCAGUGACAUCUUUGAGGAGGAGAUCAACAUGGGCGAAUACGCAGGCAGUGACAAGACCUACCAUCAGUGGCUGUUCACUGUGAAGAAAGGAGGAGGAGCCAUCUUCAACACCGUGAAGACCAGAGCGAACCCAGCCAUGAAGACCGCUUACAAGUUUGCGAAGGACCAUGCAAAAAUGCGCAUCAAGGAAGUCAAGAGCCGGCUCAAGCAGAAGGAGCAGGCAGAAAACGGCUUCUCCUCAGCCGGCUCCGCGGUGAUGGAUGAUGAGUUCCCCUCCUCCACCCGGGCAGUCAGGAGGGAGGGGCCACUGAGAACCUCGGACGACAAGUCAAUCACCGUGCACUUUGGACAGGCUCGGCCCCCAGUGCUGCUGAAGAGACCAGGCAGCAAUGUGAGUCUGGAGAGCACCGCUGACCACUCUGUCCGUCCUACUCGCCACUACACCGUCUUUCUCUCCGAGGACUCGUCGGGAGACGAGCUGCAGUACGACGACGACGCCAUCGCUGGCUUCCCUGACAGCUUUCUCUUCUCCGUCCCUUUCGAGUGGUCGCCUCUGCCGCAGCCGUACCGCUCCCUGAAGGAGGUGGAGCUGAUAGAGGGCGUCGAUCCUGCUUUUGGGGCGGAGAGUCACACGGCCCCUCCCAGCCCGGUAAACGAGAAGUUUUCCAACAUCAACUUGCUGGGCGACGUCUUCGGCUGCCAGGACGAACCGGAGAGCCAAGCCAUCACGUUGGCCAAAAGCCUCGAGGACCUGAGGACCCCCAAAGACGCCGAGGAGCGACAAGCCAAGUUCACCUACCAGCGGAUGGACCUGAGUGUUGGUGAACACUCGCGAACGCUUCCAGGCCUCAGGCUCCCAAACCCCUACAACAAGCUGUGGAGCGCAGGGCCCGCCGCCGCCGCCAACGCCGCGCCUCUCGCCUGCGGCAGGCCUCCGUCGGCCCAGCCCCCCCUGCCGAUCGAUGCUCCCUCUCCGAGCCGCGAGGGCGCCGGCCCGGGCCCCGACGCCUUGGACCCUUCCGCUCACGGCUACAUCACCAUCCCACGCCCCCACGGGAGGAAGACGCCCGAGCUGGGCUCCGUGCUCGCACCCCCGGCCGCCCAGCUGCGCCCUAAGCCGGCGGGAGCCGGCGAGGGAGGGACCACGUCGGGGGGGCAAGAGUUUAGACAAGCGCUGAGCAUGAGCACAGAUGGAGACCUGCUGAAGCCCAGCAGGACCACGGAGGACAGCAUGGAUCUGAUGAGUCUGGACCCUCUGAGCAGCUCGGUGAGCGAAGCGGCGGACGCCGGCACGACGGCAUCGUCCGGUAAACCAACGCUCCCACCCAGGCUCUACCCGCAGGGCUUGCCCCCUUUCCCACUGCAACCUCACGCGCCGCUCAACCCCUUCGCCCGUCCCCUGCGGCACGCCGCCCCUCACAUGCGCUUCUCCACCCCUGCGGGUGCCAAUCCCUUCGGUGCGGCCUACGGGCCUCCACCCGGCUGUUACUCGCACGCCGCCCAGCCGCAGUCCUUUUCCGCGCUGCCGGGACUCUACGGACGGCAGUCGCCCGGCAGCUCGGGUCUGCCGCUCGGCUACGGAGCCCAGUACGCCCAGUACGCCCCCUCCGUCACCUCCCUGUCGCGCUUCUCCGCCGGCAAUCCCGCCCCGCCCGGCCUCACGGACUGCUCGCCGGUCCCCAGCGCAGCGGCAAAGCCGCUCCGCGCCGAGGGAGACGGCCGGAAGACGCUGGAUCUUUUUGGGGAUCUGCUGACUAUGGCCAAGCCGGCUACACCCCCCAAAAAGAAGGUGGAGGACCUUCGAAGAAAGUGGGAAACAUUUGACUAAAACCUGUGAUGUGUCCUUCCCGUCACCACCCGAACUCACCUCACGACCGACGGGACCUUUUCUUCUGUUUGACGCCACAUAGCUGGACCUCAUGCUGCUCUGCAUAUGCAACCCCCCCUCGAAUACAAGCUUAACCUUAAAAUGAGUUAAUAGACAACAGCUUAUAGGGCUCCGUUAUUAUUAUUAUUCCUCAUGCACACUCAAGUUAACCAGGAACCUGGUGGUGAAAGGGUCAACGUAACACUGACCCCUCCAUAAGGAAACAAUGCCAUCAGCGUGAAGAUGAGCGAUAUCUAAAUAGUUAAUGCCUUAAUGUCACCGGGUGCGAUUCCUCACCACAUCAGCGUACGCAGCUUCACAUGCUGCCAAAGGACAGCUGGUGGUCGGGAGGACUCCGAUUCCCCAACAGGACAUGGGGCAGGAGGUCCGGGGGGGGGCGGGGAUGCAGAAUCCGGGACGGGCCCCCUGCUGGUGGGAAGGGAGACGCUCCCUAAAAGGAGGGAGUCUUAUAGUUGCCGCUCGUGGAAACACACGGCGGGUUUAUUGAACCAGCAAUGAGCCUCUCUGCUCGCGGUCUGUCAGCCUGUGCUGUUAGCUGCUGAUGGUAUCGGCCGAGCCCACUGGUCCCCAGCACCACCAGCGGCCCAACCAGUUUGUGAGGCUGCGUUCAUGUCUCAUCCCACCCCAGCGUUGCGCAUGUGGAGUAGAGCCGGUGUGUCAUCCGCUGAGACAGAAGGUCCUGGUCCAGUAUGUAUGAAUGUUCAUGCAUCUCACACACACGCGACCGCCCGGCCCCCCGUGAUCGGCCGUGCUGCUGAACGGCCCACAACACUACAAACCGCCCGGAUGGUUUUCCUUGUCUGAUCGUUUCUUUGCGCCGUCCUACCCCAGGGAGCAGCAGCCGAACGCCAGCUAUGCUUUGAGAUGUUCAGGUGCCAACAGUCCAGCGCCGCUCGUGCACGAGUCGCUCUUUCAUUCAUCGAGCGCUGUAGGUUUGUGACUUUAAAAGUAGCGUGCAGUCGUUUCCUGAUAGAGGACGAGUGUCUUGAGGUGGACACUUCUAGAAGUAGCUGUAGCUCCAGAUGAAGUAGGUCCUCCUGGUAUCAGCAGAGGGUGGUGCCUCCGUCAUGCAGUCAGUUCACCUGUUGAUGUUUCUGGUAGAUCCACGCACACUUUCUCUGUUCUGUUCGGCCUUCCUGAGGAACCCCCGUGAACAUGCGUUGCCUCCUACCGUUCGUUUUAUUAUGAAAUCUUAACAUGCAAGCUCGUGGUUUCUUUGUGUGUAAUAACACUGCAUUAUGUAACCAAACAAAAUGUUUUACUUCACUGUGACAAACUCUCAUUUUGUAAUGAUCUGCUGCAUUUGUAAUAAACAGCUUGACUAUAAUGUUACAUACUUUUCCCCGCACAAGAAAUGGUUGUAAUGUUCUUUUUUCAGAAUGUGUGGUUUGCACAUCUCUUUUCCAAUAGAAUAUAAUACAACACAUGUUAUUUCUUCAUUUGGAUAAUCAGAUAAUCAUCUGAAUUAUAUCUUUUAUAAUGCACUUAUAUUUAUUUGUUUGGCACAAAGACGUCCAUGAUGCAGGUGUUACAUUUGUAUCCCGUCAGGCUGAUUACAUCAUAUAUAUAAAUGUGUAAUAAAUAUACAUAGCAUUUUGUUUAGGUAUUACAUAAGGUGUUGUUAUAGGUCCUAACAUUUGAAACAUGUAUACUGCAUAUAUUAAAUAUAUAAAUGUGGA